CUCACCGGGGUAUUUCUGGGUUUACUGUCUAGACGUUGUAGACGCAUUACAAUGAGUAAGAGCCUUACAACCUAAUAGCCUUUAAAGGGCAUACAGCAGGCCUUGCACUGUGUAAAGCAGGGGUGGAAUGUAACUAAGUAAAUCUACUUAAGUACUGUAAUGUUGAGGUACUUGUACUUCACUUUACUCUUUUCUUUUCAUGCCACUUUCUACUUCUACUCCGCUAAACUUCAUGCCAACAAAAACUCUGAUAAUAAGUGACAAAAACCUUAAAAUAAAAGAUAAGAAUGUAGAAAAAAGGGACUAAAGCGCCAAAAGAAAUGACUGAAACCUCUCAACAGUGACAAAAAUGUGGAAUAAUUGACAAAAACCUAAACAAUAAAAACAUUGAAAAAAGCAACUAAAGUGUCAAAAAAUGAUAAAUCUAGAGUAAAGGUAUAAUGUCAAAUGGCAAAGACAAAACUGGUUAAAUAUAUAUAUAGUCAUCCCAGCAGUGGAAUGUAACUAAGUACAUUUACUCCAGUACUGUACAGUCCAAAUGUUGUGGUAGGAUCUGAAUACUUCUUCCAAUGCUGGAAACAUUUUCAGAAAGAUGAACAUGGAUGAAGAGUGUUGUGCAGAAACCAUACGUCAACAUUUAAAACUUUAUUAAAAACGUUAUUUUUGCGUUUUCUUUCUGCAGGUUUCUCCAUCUGAAUGCAAUGCAAAGAGUUCCACGGUUUAAUGUGCAACACGUUUAGAUUACUCUCCAAGGCUCAGGUGUUGCCAAAUGACUUAAGUUAAUCAGAUGAAUAAACAGGGUAUUAAAAGGGAAGGGUGUAGCGAUGGCUUUUCUUAGAAAAUAGCUUACGUUGUAACGUCACACGGUCACACUCUACAGGUAUAUAAACCGGCGCAGUGAGAUUUUACCACCAUUCACAUUAAGUCUUUCACAGGCUCUGUAACGAACAAACUGUUCAUUCACAUUUCUGUCUCCAGACACAGAGAGGUUGAAGGGAAAUCAUGCUGGCAUCCAGGACUCUGCUGUCGAAACAAACGCUGGCUGUUCUGUCUCGCCAGCCGGCCUGCUUCGUGCACCACGGGGACUAUGGCAACUGGGGGAAUACCAAUAUUGCAGUGGUUUUCUCCGGAUGUGGCUGGUGGGACGGGACUGACGUCCACGAGGGAGUUUACACCAUGUACCACCUGAGCCGUAACGGCGCUCGCUUCCAGAUGUUUGCCCCGAACCAGCAGCAGAUGCACGUGAUGGACCACAUGAGGAAGCAGCCCGGCUCCGGAGAGAACCGGAACAUGAUGAUGGAGGCAGCUCGCUUCAGCCACGGUCAGGGGAUGACCCAGAUGCAGGACCUCUCCAAGCUAGACAUCAACAGCUUUGACGCUGUCAUCUUCCCCGGAGGCCACGGCGUCACCAAGAACCUAUGCUCUUUUGUGAAGGACGGCAAAGACUUCAAGCUGCACAACGACGUGGAGAGGGUGCUUAAAGAAUUCCAUCGCUCGCGCAAGCCGAUUGGACUGGCCAGCAUGGCUCCGAUGCUGGCGUGCCGCGUGCUGCCGAGCAUCGAGGUAACCAUGGGAUACGAGAAAGACGAAAACACCCGCUGGGGGAACUGGCCAAACACAAACAUGGUGCAGGCGGUGAAGAGCAUGGGCGCCCGCCACAACGUCCGCGAGCCAUACGAAGCCUAUGUGGACGAGAAGAACAAAGUGGUGAGCACCCCAACCUUCAUGUGGGAAACGGAGUACCACUAUCACUACAUAUUCGACGGCAUCGGAAACAUGGUCAAACACGUCAUGCGUAUGUCGACUAAGUGAUGCGCCGCGUUCAGCCCGGAGAGAAGACGAUAAUAGAGGAAGUUGGUGUUGGUGUUGAACGUACACAUGUCGGUAUUUGUGGUGAAUUCUGA